ACCCUGAUUGUGAUCUGAUAUGAGAAGAAAGCAAAUAAAGGGUGCAAAACAUUGAAAUAUCUUCCUUCAACCAAAGGCUAACCUGACCAUGACUACUCCCAAUCGAAAUAGAGGGUUCUUUGUGACCAAGAACCACUUGAACUCUGGUUCGGACAACGACUCGUCAUCCACUGUCCAACCCAACACUUCCAAUCAAUUCUUCCGCUCUCCCGAAGGACCGAGCUACGAUGAAAACCGAAAUUCGGCCUUAUUGGCCCUUUUCUUCUACAGUGGUCUCAUGUUCACCGUGCCCAUUCUCGUGUUCUUUGGUGUGCAGCAAAUCUUACGGGACUCUUAUGACGUUCAAUCCCCCUGGGAUAUGUUAGCCCCGGCUAUUGCGGCCAUCGCCAGUGUCAAUGUCAUCAUUAUUGCCUACGUGAUGCGAGCCUUUCGCGAGGAUCAUCGCGAGAAAAGUGCCAUAAAAUCAGAUUGAUCCGCUUUGGCUUCGUUAUUUCUCGUACCUGAUUGUAUUUCAGUGGCGGCGUGGUAUGUCAUAUGGAUAUAAUAAUAGUAAUAAUGAUAAUAAAGUUGGCGUGAACAGUG